AUGUCCUUUGAUUCGAUUCCCAUCCUCGACCUCUCGGCAGCCCGGAACACCGCAACGAAGCCCGGCUUUCUCGAGGCGUUGCGCCAUGCGUUGCUGGAAGUCGGCUUCCUCUAUAUUAAGAACACCGGCAUCGAUGACCAGCUGAUCCAGGAUGUUAUCACCGAGGGGAAGAAGUUCUUCGACUUGCCGGCUGAGAAGAAACUGGAGGUAGAGAUGAAAAACGCUCCCAGCUUUCUCGGAUAUAACAGAUUGGGUGGUGAAAUCACCCGCUUCAAGACCGACUGGAGAGAACAGAUCGAUAUCGCUACUAACCACCCCGUCCCUGGCCCUUCUGAUCCGUUGUACCAUAACCUAUUAGCCCCUAAUCAGUGGCCGGAUGCGUCUGCUAUUCCUCGUUUCCGGCCAGUAUACGAAGAAUAUAUUGAGAAAAUGGGCGCUAUUAGCAUGGAAUUCAUAUCCUUGGUUGCAGAAGCAAUCGGCCUACCAGCCAAUGCCUUUGAUCGGUUCUUCGACGAACACCAGCAACAUAAGCUAAAGAUAGUCAAGUAUCCCGACCUGGAAGAGUUAGGUAUCGAUGGUGAAGCACAGGGUGUUGGCCCUCAUAAGGACAGCAUGCUCACAAGCUAUCUGCUUCAAGCAACAAAGCACCGUGGGCUGCAGGUUCAGAACCAUCGAGGAGAAUGGAUUGAUUGCCCUCCUAUCGAUGGCACGCUUGUUGUAGCUAUAGGACAGGGCCUGGAGGCUAUCACUCAAGGAGUUUGUCAGAGCACAACUCAUCGGGUCCUGAGCCCAGCUCGCGGAACAGGAGCACGAUUCAGCGUCCCCUUUUUCCAGGGCGUGAGCUACGAUGCCACGUUUGAGAGCAUGGAUGUGCCGGAGCAAGUCAAAAAGCUCCGACAGCAGGUUAUCGAGAAGAAUGGCAUCCGUCAGGAUGAUAUUGAGUUCACCUUUUCUAAAGGCCGUUGGGGCCAUUUGGGAGAAGCAACUUUGAUGAACCGCAUAAAGAGCCAUCCAGAUGUCGGAGAACGUUUCUAUCCGGCCCUUUUACAGCAGAUUCGAGACGAACAAGCAAAGAACAAUCAGAUAUCAGAGCUGCCUCAGGGGCUUAAGGUUCAGUCGUAA